UGCUUCAGAAGCUCAUUCUCCUCUUAAUAUCCUAGUGUAACACAAACGGUAGACAGUUAGCGAGUGCUGUAGCAUUUAUGUGUCGAAUUGCAAUUGAAUUCUACCAAUCUCCAAUUCUACGUUUUCAAUUCAUGGAAGCCUUCACGACUUUCCAGAAUCUUUAAAUCCCUAAAACUUCCGGAAUUUUCAAAUCUUUCUCCCUCCCUCCUUUUUCCAUAAUCGCUUCAAAUUGAACAGAAAUCGGAAAAAUAUUGGAAAUCGUAUCCUCAAUGGAUAGCCCUUUUUUCGGAAGCCGCCGAUUCCAGUCUAAAUUAUCGUCUGACCAAAAGAUUCGACGCCAAGUUGCUCAGAGUCCAGUCCAAUCCGUUGGAUCGGAGUCCAAACCCUGGUCUGCUUUGAAGAUUCAGAAGACAUUCAGGGGAUUUUUGGUGAGGAAGAGCGUCAAGAGGAUUAAAGCUAUCAAAAUCCAAGUGGAUGAAAUUGAGGGAAUUUUAUUGAAGAGUGAAGUUGUGGAGUUGAUCAGAAAGGAUGAAAGGGAGAGGAUGAGGAUGAAUGAAGGUUUGAUGGCUCUGCUUCUUAAGUUGGAUUCGGUUCCUGGUGUUGAUUCGAGGGUUAGGGAUUGCAGGAAGGCUGUGAUUCGAAGGGCUAUAGCUUUGCAGGAAAGGAUUGAUACUAUUGCUUCGGUUAAUUUGGUAAGCAAUGGUGAGAAUACUGAUGUGGAUAAAGCGUUCAAGGAGCCUGUGGAUCAAAACCUAGAAAUUAUGAACUCCCCGGAAGACAAUAGCUCAGAUGUAAUGAUGGAUUUAGUGGAAAAUAAUUCGGUUAAAUUUGAAGAUACAUUAAAAUUGGAGGACUCUGCAGAAUUUAGAAAUUGUUCAGUUGAAGAGAGUUUGAUUGAGAAGAAUGAUAAUUGGAUAGAAGCGGAAUGCCCAGGGAAAGAGAAAGUGGGAUCAAGGAUUGGAACAAGGUAUGACAAUAAGAGAAAUUGCGAGUUGUUGGAGCGUAUGAUGGAAGACAAUAAGAAAAUGAUGAGGUUGAUGACACAGUUGUUUGAGAGGAACGAGAUGCAGACUUCAAUGCUGAGCGAUUUAACGCACCAGUUGGGGCAGCUGGAGAAGGCAUUCACAUGUUAUAGGCUCAGCAGGAUGAAGAAGAAGAAGAAGAAGCUUGCUGCUAGCAGAGCAGAAUGAACUGUAUACUGCACUGAAGAAUGACUCGACCCUGGUCUUGAUGUCAUGAAGAUAUCAUUCGGGAACAUGCUUAAAGCAGUGCUAAGAAGUCAGUACCUCAAGAAAGUCACGCAGCAGCCCCUGGAUCUUCAGACUCAUCAGAUGGGAUGGCAAAAAGAAGGGGAAAAGUGUAGGCAAUCGAUCAAACUCCUCUUGGAUUUAAGUUCAGAGCAAUUGUCUCCUGAUGGAUGAGAUAUAGGUGAUAGAAGAUGAAUGGGUCGUCCUAAUGUAAAGCUUUUGUAGCAGUUAAUUCUUCUGACACUCUCUUGCAUUGCAUUUCUGAGGGGAGAGAGGAUGAUCAUAAUGAAAGUCAUAUAUCCUAGUUCUUCUUUCACAAAAUUUUAGCAGUCAAGAACACCUCCUUUGUUAAACCCCAACCUAAUGUGGCGACCUGACCUUUCGUACCUGAUAUUCCAUCACCUUAUGUGGACUCAUAUGAGCUCAAGUAUCUAAGCUCAUCCCUCCCCCUUCAUUGAAAAUUGGGAACUCCCUAAUGACGAAGAAAGGAACAUUGUUGAGCUAGAUAUUUGCUUUAUGGGUGGCUUUGAUGGAUUUGUGAGGCACUAUCUGGGUAGUUCCUCCUUUGAAGAAGAGGUUAAUUUCCUUGGAUGUGAAAAUGAAUUUCCCGAGGACCAAGAACUAAUAUAUAACCCUUGCAACAAUCCUCGACGCCGCUCCUUGGGAGAUGAUUUUGUGGAGGACCCUAACACACUUCAAAUCGAAAAGGAUAGUGACUUCAAACUCAUUACCGAAAAAAGUACAAAUAUGAAACCUCCAAUGAUAAUGAGAAGUAGAUAUAGAGGGUGUUAAUAAUAAGUUUCAAGUUUCUAUCUACUUAGAGGCUUUAAACAUUUUUGUUGUUUGUCGAGUCUACAUUUUAUUGAUGUCAAUCUGGUCAAUGAAAUAUUUAUUGGAUUUAGUUAAGAGUA